AUGAUAGCUAGAUAUAUUACUAACUGGCCCAUAGCAGCUUGCUUUGCUAUAUUAAUAGUCGGUUUGGUUCUUUGGGUAAUUUUGGACAAAGUACUAGGUCUUGGUGCUCCCCCUAUAAUCCCCAGCUUACCAUCCAUGAAUAAUGAUGGAUGGCCAAUUGUGGGAAACUUUCCACAAUUAUUGGAAAAUCCUUCUUUGAUCUUGAUGAAUUGGUCAAAGCGUACAAGCAGUGAUAUAUUUCAGAUUAGGCUUGGAAUCAAAAGAGUGGUAGUUGUAAAUUCUUUUAAAGAUUCGAAGGUGCUAGCAAAUAGAUUUGCAUGUUCAACUAAUUCAAGACCCAUACUGUAUGUUUUUCAUAAUUUGGUGUCAGCUACACAGGGAUUCACUGUCGGUUCGACACCAGCAGGACAAUCUUAUAAGCUAAAGAAAAAAGCAGUCGCCAUGAGCUUAAAUCAGAAGAACGUCGACAGCUUCUCAGAAUUAUUAGACAUUGAAACAUGUAGGGUCAUAAAAAAUAUUUUAUUAACUAACCUGGAACUUCAUUGCAUGCCUUCUUGCUAUUGUCCAAAAUGUUGUAUCACCACUGAAUUGUCAGAUAUUAGCUUAAUGUCAUAUUUUCAACUAUUCGUGUUAAAGGUUGCACUAGCAUUGAGCUAUGGGUUGAAUAUAGAUACCUAUAAGCGAAACAGAGAAUUUGCUGAAGAGAUCAUAAGGGUCGAAAAUACAAUAAUUAAUCUAAGAUCUCCAGGUACCAAUAUGGAAGAUUUCAUUCCUAUAUUGAGAUUUCCACCGUUUUCGUACUUUAGCCAGUCCAACAGAGCCAAACAAUAUCGAGAUAGAAGAGACAAGUAUAUGAAUGAAUUGAUGAUUAAUCUUCAAUUCCGUUUGGAACAGCAUGAUAACUGUGCAAAGAAUUCAAUUGUAGGUAAACUUAUUCAAACCUCAAGUCAAAAUAAUUUGAGCUCUGUGGAAAUCCAAAGUAUUUGUUUGACAUUGAUUAGUGCCGGUUUGGAUAAUACACCUUUGAAUUUCAACCACCUAAUGGGUCAACUUUCACAGCCUCACACUGGAUCCAUCUUGCAACAAAAAGCAUUCCACGACAUAUCACUGCAGUAUAAAGGUGAUAUUAUUGAGGCGUGGGAUUCUGUUGCAUAUUCGAUGAAAUGUCAGUAUGUUCUUGCUUUAAUUUACGAAACACUUAGGUAUUUCACAGUUUUGCCUUUGAGCCUUCCUAGGCAGACUACCAAAGAAAUAGAUUACCUUGGGUAUACUAUUCCUAAAGGAACGACCAUAUUUUUCAAUGCUUAUGCAGCUAACCAUGACUCCCGAGAAUUUCCGGACCCAAUGAAGUUCAACCCAGACCGUUGGCUAGAUCAAAAGACAAAAAGAAUCAAUCAAAACAUGACCCACUUUUCUUUCGGUGAAGGAUCCCGAAAAUGCUCGGGGAAUAUUUUAGUAAUCAAGGAGCUUUAUACUUUAACUUGUAGAAUGAUUAUCCUUUUCAAGAUUAGACCACCGACCAAUAGUAGAGAUUUGAUGGGAUUGGACCCGUUCCAAUAUAAUUCCAACAAGUGUGCAACUUCCUUUGAGCCAAAAUUAUUCAAGGUUAAGCUUGAAAAAAGGAAUUUCUUAAAUAUCGAUCAGCUUUACCUGAAAAUAGAUAGCUGGUAA